GGGAGAAGAAGCUGGAGCUAUGGCGCAGUGGAGACGCUUCGCGUUCUUCGACAAGGAGGUGCUCAAGGAUGCGAAUGGUCCAUGGAUGAAGGGUGUCGACGUUACCAGUAUGAGUGCCAACCGAGGUCUCAUUUGCGUAGGAGACGCCGAUGGCUUUGUGCAUCUAGCGAAUCGAUCUCUGGAGGCGCGCAAGUUCCAAGCACAUGAGUUGUUUGUCUCGCACGUCGUCAUGAUGAAACGCAGCAACGUACUAGUCACGAUUGGUGACGGUAUCGACCCUAGACUCGAGGAGCUGCGGGAACAGUCCAAAGCCAUCGCUGAAGCUGGUCGAGCACCCAACGCAGAGGAAAUGUACACGUCCAAACCGGCCGGAAAGAGCACAGCGGUAGUGCGUUUCUGGCGCACAGACCAGCAAGAUCGAGAGGGCAAACCCAAAUUACUGCAACAGAUCCCUAUUUUCGCCAAGAAAUACCCUGAAGAAGCAGUCACCGCCUUCGCAGCGAACGACGACUUAAGUCAGUUUGCCGUAGGUCUGAAGAACGGCGCCGUGAUCUUGUUCCGCAGUGAUUUAAAGCGUCGAACAGACCGUCCGCCUCAACUUCUGCAACCCGCAGGCCAAUACCCUGUCACAGGACUGUCGUUCACCAGUAAACCGGUCACCGCGACUGUAUCUCACGUAUUUCUGUACGCUUCCACUCGACGAGGACUCACGUGUUACCAUUGCUCCCACGACGACCCUGCGUUGGUCAAGAGUGCAGGUGGAGCUGCUGCUCUACCGCCACGUACGACGGUACUGGACGAACGUGGCGUGGAUAUGAACUGCUCGUGUGUGAAUGAAGAAGGAGAGAUCGCUGUGGGUCAGACUGACGCUGUGUACUUUUACACAACGGAAGACCGCUCUGUGUGCUUCGGCUUUGAAGGCGAGAAGAAGUUCUUGCGCUUCUUCAAGCACUAUCUGCUAGUAGCGCACGUGGAUCCACGUGGACGACACCAAGUGAAUGUGUACGACCUGCAGAACAAGUUCAUCGCAUUUAAUUGGACAUUAACCAGCACGAACCCCAAGGGACCGAUGCGUAAACCUCCUCUCGCGUCAAACGCCAGAUCCCCUGGAGCUCGUUUCGGAUUGGAUGAAAUGGAGGAAGUACGUCACGUGGUCUGUGAGUUCGGCGCGAUCUUCGUGGUGUCUUCUAUGGGGCAUGUGUACCGCCUAAGCGAAAAGGAUACGACGUCCAAGUUGGAGAUUUUAUUCCGCAAGAACUUGUACUCGAUUGCUAUUUCGCUGGCCUUCAGCUCCAACUACGACGUCAACAGUAUCAUCGAUAUCUUCCGUAUGUAUGGCGACCAUUUGUAUCAAAAGGGCGACUACGACGGCUCUUUACGUCAAUAUGUGCGUACAAUCGGCCACGUCGAGCCAUCGUACGUGAUUCGUCGCUUCCUGGACGCUCAGCGUAUCCACAACCUCACAGCAUAUCUCGAAGCUCUUCACGAGAAGGCCUUUGCGAAUGCCGAGCACACGACGUUGUUACUUAACUGUUACACCAAGCUGAAGGACGUCAAGAAGCUGGAUAAAUUCAUCCAAUUGGACGAGGUGAUCGACGCCAAGAAGACGAAAACUGACAGUGAUUCCGGCGAGUUAACGCCCAGAAACGGAGCAGUCGCCAACUUGAACUUCGACGUGGAGACUGCUAUCAGCGUGUUAUGGGAGAAUUAUCCUCAACACGCGUUGACGUUGGCCAAGAAACAUGAAGAGCACAGUUGGUAUCUGAAGAUCCAGUUGGAUCACAUCAGCUACGUGGACUCCGAGGACUCGGCGGCGUUGUCGGAGAGCGAGAAGGAACGUGUGGCGGAUGCCUUGGAGUACAUUGAACAUCUCAGUUUUUCGGAAGCCGAUUCGAACUUAAGGAAGUAUGGACGUACCCUGGUUACGCACAUGCCAGCGCCUACCACGGAAUUACUGAAGCGUCUGUGUACUGGGAAGUUCGUACCGGGUAACCCGUCGAUGAAGUCGGAUCCGGGCGAUUUCCUGCACUUGUUUGUGUCCCAUCGAGCGCAACUCAAGGAGUUUUUGCAGUAUAUUGUGGAAGUGGAGACGGUGAGUAACACGUCGAUCGGUAACACGUUGCUGGAGAUGGUGCUGAGUGACGAUGACGAAGGAGAGAACGGCAAACGCUCGAUUGAGGAGAAGGAAGAAGCCGUGCUGCGUAUUCUGGACAACCCUCGUGUUAAGUACGACGAAGACCAUGCCCUGAUUCACUUGCAGAUGCACGGCAUGAAGCGGGGCAAACGCUAUCUGUACAACAAGCUGCACAUGUACCACAUGUUGGUGCAGUUCCACAUUGAGGAGAAUGACGAUCAAAGUAUCCUUGAAGAAGUGCGUAAACACGGAGAGAAAGACCCGAAUCUCUGGUCUUUGGCGUUGAAAUACUUCGCAGAAAGAGGGCCUCUGCCCAAGGGCGCCACGGGAGGAGAAGAGUGGAAGGAGUUGAAGCAAUUACUGGCGCUUAUUGACACGAACCCGGCGAUUCCUCCGCUCCAAGUCGUGCAAGUGUUGAGUCAGUCGCGCGAGUUGCCAGUGUCGGUGAUCAAGCAGUAUGUGGUGAACCAGUUGGCGAGUGACGAGAAGAAGAUUGAAGAAGACGAAGAGAAGAUCAAGGCGUUCAAGAACGACACCAAGCAGAUGAAGGACGAGAUCGCCCAACUCAGUAGUCGUGCAGUGGUUUUCCAAGCCACUAAGUGCGAUCUGUGCAACCACGACUUGGAUCUACCGGCUGUGCACUUCAUGUGUCAGCACAGUUUCCACUUGAACUGCAUCUCCGAGACAGAUCGCGAGUGCAUCACGUGCUCCAUGGACCAUCGUCACAUUCUGGGACUUAAGACGCAGCUGGAACAGAAGGCGGGGAACCACGAGCAGUUCUAUAACCAGCUGGAGACGGCGGCGGACGGCUUCCACACCAUCGCAGAGUACUUUGGCAAGGGGAUCUUCAAGAGCAACGAGGUCGUGCUGGACGAGGGAUCCUUCGAGACGCGCUUCAGUGCCGAGUUUUAGCUUGAUAAAGCUCAUUUGUAUGUUUUGUUCUUGUGCUUGUUCACGUCAAGUCGACGAUUUCUACGGCAUCUUCUCGUUUACGCUUUCUGUUGCGUGAAGAAUACUCGUCACGCUUCUCCUCGUGUUCAUCAUCUAAGAGGUCGAUCACGACAGGUACGCUGGAGCCAGAAGCCCUAGCAGCGUCAUCGUCAUCUUCGUCGCUGCUUUCAACUCCUAGAACUUCAUGAGAUGCUCCUGUUUGAAGUACGUUUCGACAGUGUUCGUUGUCUCUGCGUCGCCUCUCUGCUGCCUCAAGUGUCUUUCUGCGAAGUGUUUGAGGAUCGAGAACCUCAU